UGUACUACUGAACCUUGUAUGUUAUUUCAGCCACUGUCCUCAAGCAAAGCACACUACUGUAGCUGAUACUCCAGAGGCGAGGAGACUUGCCGAGAACACAAAGAUUCAGAGUAACGUAAAGUAUCAUGAAGAAUUCGAGAAACAGAAAGGAAAGUUUACACAAGUAGCUGACGACCCUGAAACACUGCGAAUACGCAGCACUCACAAAAUUAUCAGCAACGUAGCUUAUCAUGGAGAACUGAUGAAAAAGGAAGAAAUGGAACAGAAGCGUCAACUGUUGCCAGAAAAGAAUGGAGCUCCACAAGGCAGUGCAGGUGAUUUAAAAACUU